AUGUCUUCCAUCAGUGCUACCCCCGACACCCCCACCAUUGUCGACGACGACAAGUGGACGACUGGCGACUUUGCACUCAUCUCGUCCGAUAACGUCCGCUUCCGCAUUGACAGCUACCACCUGCAGGCGGCGAGCGUUGUCUUCCGCGAUAUGAUAACCGCAGCCGAUGGCCCCCGCGAAAUUCACUUCACCGACGACGCUAUCGAGGGCAGGCACGCUGUGUCUGCGUUUCUCCACUUGGCCACGGCGGGGUCUCUCUAUGAAGCCCCAACUCCAUGGAAUGUAUCAGGAACCGUUAAGCUUGUCCGAUUCGUCCUCAAAUUCGACUGCGUGACAGCGCUCAAGGUCUUGAUCCUACGAACGAAGGAAACGUUGAUCGACAACGACCAGACAACGACUUUGCAUGUCUUCAUCAUCGGUGCAGUGUUGGACAACGAGGACCUCUGCCGCGCGAGCCUGAAACGUAACCAGGAUUAUUACUGGAUAGAAGGUGAACCAGACACGAUCGAAGCAACAUCAUACCUCCUCCACGGCUUCUGCUUCAACCCUCAAACGUGGUCGUUUUCCGCCUUUGGGCUCAUCCCACUCCCACACCUCUGGGCUCUCAACCGCGCCUGGACCAUGACUAAAAGCAACCGUGCCAAACUCCCUGAUAAGUUUUGUGAGCUGCUCAAGGUUGCGAAGGCAUACAAGCCUGAGUGA